CACACACACAAACAUGUAGGCAGUCCCACAGUGGGAGCCACUACUCUAGAUGGAUUUUUUCCAAUAGAGCUUUGCUUUAUGUGUUAUUUCUAGAUGUUAUACUAUUUUCUUAAUCUUUCUCUAAACCCUAAGAAAUGCCAUAUUUUAUAUUUUGAACUUAUUGCACCAGCCUAAAGUUUCAGCAUCUCUAUAACAGUAAUGAUCCAGGCCUUUACAGUUAUUACAGAGCUCCCCAUCUUGGAUUCUGUAGAAGUGUCAGUGACACUCAUACUCGUGCAGCUUACAUUCAGAUGCUAACUGCACUAAAUUUUGAACUGCCAAAUAAUGUGAACCUGAAUAAAUUACUAUUUCAGCCUUAUAUCGUGAAAUUUUAUUCUAUAUACACAUUAUAUUUAUAUAUAUGAGUGGGUCCAUAAGUUCAGGUAAGUAACAGCCGCACUGAGCAUGUGCAGUGAAUUAGCAGAAAAGAAGAUGGGUUGUUACUAGAAGCAUCUUUGGAGGAACAUAUCUUCCCUGCUUAAGGCCUGUGGUUGCCUUGGGCUGGUACAGUACCCAAAAACAUAAUGUGCAGCAUUUCUGCCCUACUUAUGUAGUUAAGCUUUAGUUCUCCUUUAAAGGAGGUUACAAGAAAGAACGUAUAUAAGAUGUACAAAAAGCCUUGUUUUUUACUUGCCAUAGGUCUGCCAUAUGUUACCAGUUACAAGUAACCCUCACUCCUCCUCUCUGCCUCCUUUCUCCUUUGAAGUUCUAGUUGGCACUUCAUUAUGAUCCCUGGGCAUUUACACACAGCACACUGACCAGUCAAUUAGCACACUGAAAGGCAUAUCAUCAGAGUCCAUGCUGACAGCUUAGUAAUGCAAGAACAAACCCAGCUGUUUGCUUGGGUCUGUGCUUAGUGAUGGACCACAAAAAUUUGCAGUCAGGGUCACAAAGUCAUACUAAAGCUAGACGCUACCUGUCAUUCAUGUACUGGUUUGGUUCCACCCUCAUUCAUUGAAUGAAUGGUGUCCUGGUGUUCUGUACACACAAUGAGCCUAAGCUCACUCAGCACACUGCUUUGUGAACACAGUUUCAGCUAGUUGCACAUGCUCAUAUUCAUAUUGGUUCUACAUAAUAGAUACUAAUAAGGAUAAUAAUUAUAAUUGCUUGAUAUACAGGAAAUGAUGAUAAUAUUACACAGCAGUAUUACUGAUUGUGGACAUUUGUCUGAGCGGCUUUGCUGUAGCAGUGUAGUCAGCAAAUUAUUUCUAUGCUGUAGCAAUCCUGCCAGGAGAGUUAAUAGUGUGGGGCAGGUCCUGUGUCAUCCACUGCAGGCUGCAGAGAUUCCGAUGGAGCAGUCUACCAAAGAUGAGAGGGAAGCCAUGCCUGAGGGAUCCAGUCGUUAACAUGGCAAUGAUUGGUGUAGAACAGUGCAAUGCUGCCCAGUCCCAGAUAGCAGAUGGAACAUUCCUGUGCAGAGAAGUGACUGGUCUGUUAAACUGUGUGAUCAGAAUCAGUGGAAAGGCUGGUGAAUGGGGGAGUCCAGACAAAGCACCAGACACAGACGACUUUUUUGGAACCUCCGCCAGCGCUGGAAGCUACUUGGGCUCUUUGAGAUUGAUCAGGAGCAUGAGUUCUAUCCUCUGACCUGUGACCUAAAACAAGGACUGAAGCAAGCCAUCCAGGAAAGCAUUCACAGUGAUACCACGAUUGCCCUCGCAGAUGAGGGUUACAGUGCAAAGAUCACGCAGGGUCAUGAGGGCUUUGUGAUGAGGACCUACGCUGGUCCGGUGUUCUCCCAUUUUCGUCAGUCACUUGGAAUAUCAGAGGAAAGUUUCACAAAAUCUCUCUCUUGCAAUGAAUUCUAUCUACAGUUCAUCAGCAACUCCAAAAGCAAAGCUGACUUCUUCUUGACGAAUGACAAGCGCUUCUUCCUGAAGACUCAAACGAAGAGGGAGGCACACUUUAUGUUGCAGAUCCUACGCAGAUACAUAGAGCACUUUCAGUUAUACCCCCACUCUCUUCUUGUCAAAAUCUUAGGUGUUUACAGCAUCACUUAUGCUCAGAACAAAAAGAAGUACUUUAUCAUCAUGCAGAGCGUAUUCUUCCCAGAUGAGAGGAUCACAAGCCGGUAUGAUAUUAAGGGCUGCAAAGUGAGCCGCUGGACUGAGCCAGAACCAGAGGGAAGCCGGGUUUUGCAGGUCUUUAAGGACUGUAACUUUGAGGGAAACGUUAUCUGUCUUGAUCAGCAAAGGGCCUGGUUGUUACUGCAGAUGGAGCUGGAUGCUAGUUUCCUGCAACAACUUAAUGUCAUCGAUUACAGCCUACUUGUUGGCUUUCAGCCAUUACAUGCCGACGAGAAGAACCAGAGCUGGUCCCUCGCCAACCUCAUAGUCAGAACAAAACGGUCUGUAAAUGGGGCAGCCAGCCCUACUGCUUCAAACACAGCAUCGGUCCCUGGCACUGUAGCUGGGGAAGAGGACACCAGUGAAAGAGAUCAAGGUGGUACAGGAUUAAUGGGCUCCCAAGAAAUGACACCUGCCAAUCACAUUCCCAUGAAAAAACUCAAGGCACAGCUCAGCAUUGUCUCCGAUACUUCUGAUAUUAUUGCACAAAACAGACGCCUACUGCCCAACUACAAAAACGCUCUGCAUGUCGUGGAUGGGCCAGAGCAGAGGUACUUCAUUGGCAUCAUUGACAUCUUCACUGUGUACGGUUUAAGGAAACGGCUGGAGCAUCUGUGGAAGAGUGUGAGAUACCGUGGUCAGGAAUUCUCCACUGUCAGCCCCUUGUACUACUCCCGUAGGAUCUGCCACUGGGUGGAAAGUCAUAGUGUAUGAGCCUCCUUAAUAAAAUCAAGCAACCAACAGAG